AUAUUCUUUAUAGUUUUCUUUGUAAACAAUCUAAUAUUUAUUUCUUUCAUCUUUUUUUAUAAUAAUCAAUAAUAUUUCCACAAAAAAAAUUCUGAUAUGAGUAUUUUAAAACAUUUCACCUAAACGAUUCCCAUAGCAUAAUGACGUGUGAAGUAGAACAAAUUGCCGACUGCGGUGAUAUUUCAAGUAUAGCUCGAGCUCUGUAUAUACCAGAAAAAGAAGAUACAAAUUGGUUGUCGCAGUGUUCAGUAUCAUUGUCCUCCUGUGGAAGCUUAGUUGCUAUUGGUUACAAAAACCGUCUGUGCCUUCUGGCCACACAAUGGAUUAGUUCAACAGACAGUAACACUUUUUUAAUUGUAUGGAGUGGUACACUGCCUGCAGACAUCGCAGCAAUUUUAGCAUUGUCUAUCUGUCCGUCGCAACACUCAUCACAGAAUGGACCUGACUGGUUUUGUAUUAUUGUUGGUUUCAAAAAUGGAAGUGUAGGUUUUUAUACUAACACUGGCCAUUUGUUACUACUUGAAAAACUGGAGGAUAAACCUGUUAUGAAGAUCUCAUGCCACACUGGCACUUAUGGAACGUUACCAGAUGACAUACACAUUCUGUUUCAAAACUGUGAAUGUAUUAUCACUGGAACCAGUUUAUUUCAAACAUUGAAAAAUGCUAAAGCUCAAUUAGCUAGAGUUCAAGCAGGCAUCCUCAAUGACUACACUAUUGAGAGUCGUAAUAUUAAUAUAAGAAAAUGGACAUUUACUGAACAAGAAAUUAUAAAUGAUGCUGCAGUUGUUGGGCUAGAACUGAAGAAUACAUAUGAUCAUCUCUUGGCAGCAUCUACCUAUGGCGGUUAUGACACUUGGUAUCGUUCGAUCCCACCAGUCAACUCUUUAAUUCUCGGAGCUGGUAUUAAGCCAUAUUUAGGUUUCCAUUAUGCACUAGAAGGAGGCACAACACCCCCUCUACAAGAUGUCGCUAGGGCAGUGGCAAACAAAAUAAAAUCGGCGCUGCCAGGAUGGCUCGGUGGCGCUAACGCAGAAAACACACCAGCAAGUACAGAACCAUUAGUUCGCACAGAACCGCUGUCUAUGCGUAACGGUUUGUACGAUGUACAACGACAAGGUACGUCGGUGGUGGUAUCACCAGAUCGCCGGCUUGCUGCCGUCGUCGAUAGUUUUGGUCGCGUUUCUGUACUCGACAUCAAAAGAGGUCACUUGAUUAGACUUUUCAAAGGAUGCAGGGAUGCGCAGUGUGCAUUUGUUCAGAUAUUUGAUGUGGACAACAAAAAACCUCAACUGUCUGUUGUCAAAGAAAUUAGAAGAGCAGUAUUUCUAAUCAUUUAUAAUCCUAGAAAAGGCUUAAUAGAUAUAAGGCUGAUGCAAAGAGGAAAUCGAGUAGCUGUUUUUACUGCCACUAAAAAUGGUCAACUUCUUUACAACACUUGUGGAUUAGUUGGUGCAGAAAAGAACUAUACUCAUAAAAAACUAAAUUUACCGGAAUUCCAAUGCGUGUUAAUUGACCCCGACGGUAAACUCAAACGAUUCAACAUUCCAUUUUUCUAUGCUUUGGAUGGAGAACAUUCGCAACGAUCUAAAGAUUUACAUACUUUGCGUGAACUAAGGGAUUAUAUUAAAAAAACAUCAUCUGAUUAUGAAUACUAUCAAGAUGAAAUCGUUAAAAGAGCUACGGAACUUAAAACGAUGGAAUUAAAAAAGCACUGUUUAGAAAUGUUGAUAAGAAACUAUGAAAUUGAUCCAAAGAUUGUUAUAUCUUGCGUGGUUUCUUUUUGGAACAGCUUUUCUGAUCAGGGAACUAGUGGAAAAGAAGAGGAAAUGAAAUACUAUUUUGCAAAUUUAACUUUUCUUACUUUAUUUUAUAGGCGUAUUCAUAACGAAAUUCCUGACGAUAUGGAAGAAUUGGUAUCGAACAUAAACAAUACUUUAUCAGUACAAGAAAAUAAAGUACUAAGUUUAUCAUAUGGAAAAGAAUCACCUACACCUGAAUUUCAUCUUUUAGAAGACGACAAUUGUAUCUUAGAGAAACUAUUACAUCUAUCUCAAGAAAACUAUUACAAAGAACAUCAACAUGCCAAAGUCAAAUUUGCUGAUCGUAACUUAAGUACUUUCAAAGAAUUUGUCUCCUGCUUUAUUUUAGAAGGAAAAUCUAAAUAUAUUUCUUUGAAACCUGAUUCAUCAGCCGAAAAAUUAAACAGUCUAGCUUCUGAUACUUUCAAAACCAUAUAUAAAUUGAAUAAUUUAACAAAAUUAAGCGAGAUUAUAAUUGACAGUUAUUUUGAUCCGAAAGAAAUACUAAAACUUGUAAUUAUACAUGUGAAUAACAUGCCUCUAGAAGAAAUAAGUGUUGAACUUAUUGAGAAAUCUAUAGCUGUUCUGUAUUAUAUAAGCAGUGUUUCAGAAGAAGCCACUAGAAUGUCGUACAAUGAGAUAUCGCCCUGGUGGCAAGAGGUUCGGGACAUGCUUGUUGAUAUGCCCUGUCCCUUAAGAAGCAUGAUAGUGGCAAUGGCUUGCAAAGCUGUUGGACGAUUAUUUGAAAAAAAUUCUUCAGAUGAAGAUGCUUGGGAGUCUUUAACAAAAGAAAAUGCUAAAUGGGGUAUACUUAUAGGUAAACUUGAGGAUAUUUCCAUUUUAAGUAUUGUAUUGAUAUUUAAAGAGAAUUUUAAUGGAGAUAUAUUACCAAAACUACAGUUUGAAGACUAUAAUAUAAAUCUGAAAUUUAUUUAUACUAGGGGCAAAGGAUCUGUAACCGAAUUGAUAGCAAAAUGGCUUUGCAGCAUGGGAGUACCUCCAGAAGCUAUAAUCGUUAAUGAAUUGAUAGACAAACAGACUUCUUUAAAUCGUGAUAGAGUAGAACCUGAUGCAGAUAGUAGUCCUAUUUAUCCUUUCCUGGAAAAUAAUAGAAAAUUAGUUGAUGAUAACCCUAGAAUAUUCAAAUGGCUGUCUCUUCUAUGUCGGCAAUUCCCAUUGAGUACAUCAACUAAUUAUAUAAUAGCUAACAUGUCUUGGGAGUAUGCAAUGGCAUGGCAAAAAAAUAUGCAAAAUACGAAUGCACUAAAGGCAAUUAAUUCCUGUCUAAUGAAUAUAUCCGAUUUCCAUUUACGUUUAGGCCUAAUGUCCAUAAUAUGGUCUACAUAUAUUAAACAUAUAUUUGAGGUCACUUGCCGUUUGGUAAAUAAAGUAGGCAGAUUACCUAAGGAUCCCCUAUGCCUUCAAGAUGUCGGCUUCAGUAACACAAAUCUACUGAGUUUUCUCGAAUUGACAACCGUAUACUUGAGUAAUUUUUUAAAAUGUGCAUCUAUGUCAAUUAGCCAAGAAAAACAAAUAGUACAAUUUGAGAAAAUUUGGGAUGACAGUGUACCCUCUUUAGUUGAAGUAGCACAAGAUAUAAAAAAUGUUAACAGUGAUAUAUUGAAUCUGAAUUACCAAAUUUCUUGCACGAUAUACUAUCAAUGUAACUUUAAUUUAAAGUUCUCAAAACCGCUAGAUACGUUAUACGACAUUGAUUACCAAUAUAUAUUUGAAGCUCUCACUGGAAAUGUUGUGAAUAGAGAAAUUAACAUGAUAGCUUCAGAAAAAAUAAGAAAUCCACGUUUUAAAUUUAUCACUAAACUUAUUCGAGCCGCUAUUGAGACGAUAACCACUAUUGAUUCCAACAGUCCGUUCAAAGAAUACAAUGAUGAGGAAUGUGUACAAUGGAUCGAUAAAAUCUCUACACUGUCGGAUCUUUGGAAUAUAGAUGUGGAUUUUCUACGACGUCAACAGGUCAUAGGUUUAUAUCACUUGGGAUAUGACUCACUAGCAGAAAAUAUAAUAGGUUUAAUUAAGGAGCCAGAACUUAUUAUGUCACCAAUAUUAGCCAUAUCAACCCAAAGAUUGAAGCGCAGCUUGGAACAUUCUAAAAACCAACCCGAAUGGAUAGUUACUGUCACACCGCACCUGUACAAACGCUUACAAAACACUGCUUUGGACACAUCAAUACCUGCUCAUCCAUCAUUGUCUACAACAGUAUCAGUACUGCAGAAAAUGUUAUUUCAGUGUGACAAGAAAUCAACUAAUUCUCCAUCAGACUUGCAGAAUAUUAAAUUAGCUGAACUAAUUAUAGAAAACUGCGAAGUUUUACUGAAACGUAAACUAUAGAUAAAUGCCAAAUCUGGUUGAUCAAUUUGUUACCAAUUUAUAUUUAUGAAAUAAUUAUCUUCCUUACAUAAUACAUAAAGCGACGUAUAUAUUGUAUAGCAUUGACUGUCAAAUGACGGAUCAGUUAACUAUUAUUCAUAUUCUAUUUCAUAAAAUAUUGUUUUCCUUAUUAUUAAAAUGUUUUAAGACUUGUUGGAGAAGUUUGUUUAAAUUUAAUAGAUAUAAUUUGUAAAUGAAACGUAAUGUAAAUAUUGUUUCAUACUGUAGGUAAUAAGUGUUUUCUCAUGUAACAAAGCUAUGUUAUAUGUAUGAAUGACUUGUAAGUGGACAAUCUUUAUAUAUUUAUUCGUUACACUUAGAAAGUUGUACAAUUGGCGAGUGUAAUGCUAUAUGCCAUUAUACUACCAUUCUACGCAUGUAACAAUUAAUAAUGCCAUAAAGUAGUCAAUCGUUUCAUAACACACUAUUUUCUCAUUUAAUAAUAUAUUCAAAAUAAAUUAUUUCUUACUAAGUACCGUGUGAAGUAAAAUUAAGA